UCAAAACACAGGCUUCAAUGGCUUUGUACGAACUUUGAUUUCGAUUUCGAGCUCCAAAUCACACAAUCUCUCGCAAUUUUCCAAUUAAAACCCACAAUCUGUAGAUUCUUUAAUGCUUCGUAACACCUCUUAUAGAAAGAUUCAUCAUUGUCGUGAUUCAAGUUUUUCCUUUUUGCAGGUGCAUUGUCUUGUCAUUUUCCUCAGAACAUCGAAAUUGGCCUUUAUGUACUGUGCUGCUCCAAUUUUGUCAUGCACCACGGCAUUUUUUUGGUUUGUAACAAAGAGGAUGAGCAGAAGCUGAUGCAAUGGCAAUGUCUAGCAAGUUUGAUCUGUCUUCUGGUAGCCCAGAUAGGCCAUUAUACACCAGUGGACAGCGUGGAUCCCACUUAGCUGCUCAACUGGACAGAUCAGGCAGCUUUCGUGAGAGCAUGGAGAAUCCAAUCCUAGCUUCUCUUCCAAACAUGUCAAGAGGCAGUUCUGCAGUAACACAAGGAGAUGUGUCAAGUUUCUUCCGAUGCUUGCUUUUUGAUCCAAAGGAUGUUGUUGCAGAUCAUAAGUCUAAUCGUCAAGGAGACUUUAGACGACACAUGAAUAUUGCUCUUGGUGUUCCAGUAGAUGAUUCUCCAAAUGGUUUGUCAAAAGGCAAGCUUCUGCCGUGUCCUGUACCGGAGGAAAUUAAAAGAGCCAAGGCUGGUCUGCGUGAAAACUCUGUCAAGGCCAGGGAACGCAUGAAACUUUUCAAUGAAGCCUUAUCUGUUUUUAACAAGUGUUUUCCAAGCAUACCCUCAAAGAAGAGGUCACGAUCAGAAAGUUUUGCUAAUGAGCAGCGCAGUGCCUUGUUAUCAAGUGAGAGGUCUGUCCUGGGACCAAACCUUAGUAAGAUGGGGAUUCCUAGUCAUGCCAUACCUGGUGGCUUUGAACUAGAGCAGCAAAAGUCAGAAGAGCGAACAAAAACUGCUGUUCCAAAUAAGCGGACUCGAACUUCUAUGGUGGAUGUGAGGGGGAUGGAUGUUCGGAGUAAUGCUGUUGUCAGACCGCCUGGUUCUGUAGAUAGGGAUAGGGAAAUGCUAAGACUUGCAAAUAGUGGUGGGGUUCAGGGUGAGGAUCGGACUUUAUCUAUUGGUGUUGAUGCUUGGGAAAAAUCAAGAACGAAGAAGAAGCGUUCUGGAAUAAAGCCAGAAGCAUCUCAAAGUUUUGUGUCACCUAAACCUACUGAUGGUUAUCGGGAACCUAAACAGGGGAUGCAGCAAAGACCCGUUACUGAUGCCCGAUCAAGGAUAAAUGACUCACAUGGCUUCAGGCCAGGAGUUGCUAAUGGAGCUGUUGGAAUUGGAAAAUCAGAUGGUAUCUCACAACAGACUGGCUUGGGUGUGCGUACAUCCAUCCCUAGGACUGAACUGGAUAACAACUCCAUUCUCAAUGAAAGGAGAGACCGUUCUAUAGGUUCAGAUAAAGAAAGGGUGAAUCUCAGAGCUGUCAAUAAGAUGAAUGCUCGGGAUGAAUUUAAAUCAGCUAGUCCUACUUCAAACACCAAAAUGAAUGCAUCUGUUCGAGCUCCGCGAUCAGGUUCAGUUGCUGCACCACCCAAGUUGUCCCCAGGUUUCCAUAGAGCAACUGCUCCUAAUGACUGGGAACUUUCUCAUUGUACAAACAAGCCACCUGCGGUUGUUGGUACUAACAAUCGCAAGCGCACAGCAUCAGCUAGAUCUUCAUCACCAGUUGCUCAUUGGGCUGGCCAGAGGCCGCAGAAGAACUCCCGUACAGCAAGAAGGACAAAUUUGCUUCCUAUUGUUUCUAAUAACGAAAAAACUCCUGCUUUGGAUGCUUCAUCUGAUGUAGCAGGUAAUGAAGUUGGAAUGGGAUUUGUUAAACGCUUGUCUGGCAACUCUCCUCAGCAAGUUAAAUUGAAAGGUGAUCCCUUGUCUUCAUCGGCAUUAUCUGAAAGUGAAGAAUCGGGGGUUGCUGACAUUAAACCUAAAGACAAGGUCAGAAAGUUUGAUGAGGUAGAUGAGAAAGCUGGGCAAAAUGUUCAAAAGAAGUCCACUUUAAUUCUGCCAUCCAGAAAGAAUAAGCUGGUUUCUGGGGAAGAUCUUGGAGACGGUGUACGGAGGCAGGGGCGAACCGGGCGGGGUUUUACAUCUACAAGGUCUCUCACGCCAAUGAUGGUUGGGAAGCUGGGUCAUGUAGGAACUGCAAAACAGCUUAGAAGUGCCAGACUUGGAUUUGAUAAGACUGAAAGCAAGGCAGGUCGUCCCCCAAGUAGGAAAUUGUCUGACCGCAAGGCUUAUAAACGUCAAAAGCAUACAAUGACCAGUACAGCAGCUGAUUUUCUUGUUGGUUCAGACGAUGGUCAUGAAGAGCUACAGGCUGCUGCAAAGGCUGUUAUUAAUUCUGCACAUGCUCUUUCCAGCUCAUUUUGGAGGCAGAUGGAGCCACUCUUUGGUUUUGUAUCUGAUGGAGAAAUUGUUUACUUAAAGCAACAGGGAAAUCUUGAAUCUGCCACACCAACACCAAAACUGUUUCCUUCUAACACAGGUGGUUGCACUUCUGUACCUAAUGGAUAUGGGUUGGCAGAACAGGAGAGAGAGGUUGGGCUUGAAACAGGGAGAGGUGAUCUCCUUAUGGAACAGUUAGUAACUGGUGCAAGAGAUCAUGCUUCGAUCCCGCUUUACCAGAGGCUCAUAGCUGCUUUAGUUAUAGAGGAAGAUUAUAGCAGUGAGAAUGAGGACCUCCAAAUUGAUGCAUAUGGAGUUGGAUUUGAGCUAGAUGGAGAGAUGGAACCUAAUCUUUUGGAUCAUCUAUUGAACUUUCAGUCUGAGCAUACUGGUUUUAAUGGUUAUAGGAUAACUGGAAAAAGAAAUAUUGAUGAUGAGCCAGAAAUUGAUAUAUUGGGAAUUUCAAAUUCUGGGAUUAACUCAAACUUUGGUCAGUCCCUAAGUGGUGUACUUCCUGAUCAAGCAUUGAUACCUGGCAUGACCUUUUCAGAAUUUCAGUAUGAUAGUAUGCAGAUGAAUGAGAAACUUCUUCUGGAAGCUAGGAGUGUUGGUAUUUUCCCAGAAUCGCUGACUGACAUAGUACAGUUAGAAGAUGAAGGAAUCAGUGAUGAAAUCAAAAAAUUAGCAAAGAGGCACCACGAACAGGUAUCCAAGAAGCAAGGGUUGCUUGAUAAACUCUUGAAGUCUGCCUCAGAAGUGAAAGAACUUCAAGAAAAGGAGUUUGAACAAAGUGCCCUUGACAAACUCGUUGCAAUGGCAUAUGAGAAGUAUAUGACUUGUUGGGGUCCUAAUGCCACUGGUGGUAAGAGUUCCAGUAACAAAAUGGCCAAGCAAACUGCGCUAGCAUUUGUAAAACGAACAUUAGACAGAUGUCAUAAAUAUGAAGAUACGGGUAAGAGCUGCUUUAGUGAACAGUUAUUUAAGGAUAUGUUUCUUUCUGGGUAUUCCCACCUAAAUGGUGGACAGCCCAUAAAUGCUCCCACAGAUGGUGAAUCUGCGAGAUCAUUUGCCAAUACCUCUGGCCAUUCUCUGGAAGUUAGAGUUUCAGCAUCCAUGGGCUCACAGCCAAGUCCUUCAACAUCACAGUUGGGUCAGAAUGGGGAUAGUUCUGAUAUGCUUCCAGCAAUAAAUCGCUCAUCUGAACAAAGUACUGGUAAAGAAGAUACAUGGUCAAACAGGGUGAAGAAAAGGGAGUUGUUGCUUGAUGAUGUGGUUGGUACUAUUGGUACCACAAGUGCCCCAUCAAGCAUUGGAACUUCCCUAUUAAGCAGUACAAAGGGAAAGAGAAGUGAAAGAGACAGAGAUGGAAAGGGACAUAGCAGAGAAGUUUUAUCUAGAAAUGGAACUAAUAAAAUUGGUAGGCCAGCAUUAUCAAAUGCUAAGGGGGAAAGGAAAUCUAAAACAAAGCCUAAGCAGAAAAUUACUCAACUAUCUGUUUCUGUAAAUGGCCUUCUUGGAAAGAUGUCAGAGCAACCCAAACCAACAGCAUCCGUGUCAAAGUCAAGUGAAAUGGCUACCAACAGUAAUGCCAAAGUAAAAGAAGAGUUUAACUUGGAUGUAUUGGAUGGUUCUGAGCCUAUUGACUUCUCACAGAUAUCAUUAGAUGUCUUAGGUGAUUCUGAUGAUCAUGCUCAGGAUCUUGGUUCAUGGUUGAACAUUGAGGAUGAUGCAUUACAAGAUCAUGACUUCAUGGGCCUUGAAAUUCCAAUGGAUGACCUUUCAGACUUAAAUAUGAUGGUUUGAAGUUACGCUUUUUGUAUAGUCUUGUUCAUUAUACUAUUGACAAAUCAAACAUAAUUGCUGUUGUCAAGAAAUGACCAGUUACGUGGACGGUCAUUCAGCUAUCCAGUCCACAAUUAGGUUAUAUAGAUUCUUUUGUAGACCCCUCCACAAGUUGAUUUUCGAGUGAUCCUUUUUGAGAUUUUGGAUUUUGCUCCUGUAUUAAGUUGGCAACUUCGACUGUAAAGAUCUGCUGUUCCAAGGUGCAAAUUAGCAUGCCCUAGCAUUAUGUCUUAGCCAACUCUGUAUCCUGGCUGUAGCUUUUACCAAUCAGAGAACAAUGAUGUUUCUUGUAUAUACAUUUAUAUUUUCAAUAAAAUUAUCUUUUUAUUCAGUGUA